AUGAGCAGCAGCCCCGCCGACAGCCAGAGUAAGAGCGUCCCAGAUCGCCUCUUCCAGAUCUUCUCCGCCACGCUCUCGCCCGACAAGACGACGCGUCAGUCCGCCGAGGAGGCCCUCGCCCACAUCGCGGCGGACGACCCGCAUUUCGUGCUGCACCUCCUCGAGCACGCCUGUCAGUCCCCCACCGUGUGCGAGCACAGCUUCCACACGACCCCCACUGCCACGAGCAGCGCGCUGCACGCCGGUGCGAUCCGCUUCCGCAAUGAGGUGGGCCGCAGCGACUGGAACCGCAACGCACACUGCCCGGAGGACGUCAAGACACGGGUGCGGGAAUUAAUCGUGCCGCUGCAGUGUCAGCCGCACGUCUCGGAGGCCGUCCGCCGUCAGCUGCUCGCCGCGACGGUAGAGAUCAUCAGCGUGGACUACCCCACCCGGUGGCCGCAGCUGUUGCCACAGUUAACGAGUCUCAUUGAGCAGAGCACGUCCGCCCUGCGUGGCCUCUACGAAACGAACUCGAGCCACACGCGAGAUAUCGAUGACGCCAUCGUGGUGCUGAUGCUGUCGCAGUUGAAGGGCUGCCUGGGCGUGCUGCGCGGCUGCUGUAAGCUGUGCGAGGACCCCUUGAGGGUGGGCGCGGAGGCGGCGGACGCGUUUUCGGGGCAGCUGGCGCCGUCCCUGGUGGGUCUGAUGGACUUGCUGACAACUAGGUGGCAGGGCGAGCUGACCAAACUGGCGAGCCACGGCGCCGCCGUCACCUCCACCGGCGCUGCGAUGACCGCCCCGCUGCGCUUCUCUGCCGAGAUCGAAGGUCUCGGGCACUGCAUGCGGUUGACGAUGAAGUGCAUCUUCUCGCUCUUCGCGAGUCGUUGGCCCGCCUGCUUGUGCGAGGUGACGGCGCUGGACUACCUCUACACCACCUGUGUCGUGAAGCCGAUACAGGUGUUUCAGCAGAUCGUGCUGCCGGUGUGCCAGGGCCGGCUGGAGCAGGCGCUGCAUCACCCUGGUGACACCGGCAUGACGGCCAGCCAGCUUCGCGGCGACCACUUUGACGCGUUCCAGCAGUCACCGACCUUCAUGCUGCUGAAGUGGGUGUUGAACGUCGCCUACAAGCUGACGCAGGAGUUUGUGUCGCCGAAGAGCUGCGAGCGACGCUGCCGCGCGGUGGCGACUCACUUCUCGGCGCAGUACCUCCUGCCCACCGUCGAGGCCGCCCUCAGCCUCGUCCGCUGGCACGCCAUGCCGCUUCUCACGCUCACCUCAAAAGCGUACAUCCUCGCGCUCGAGGUGCUGACGAUGGCGGUGGAUCACAAGGCUGCGUACACGAGUGUGCUCCAUCCGCACGCCGAGGAGGUGAUGACCACCCUGCUCUUCCCCCGCCUCGCCUUCACGACCGAGGACGAGGAGCUCUGGAACGACAACCCCGAGGAGUACGUGCGGAAGCAGACGAACCCGGCUGGUGACAUCUACAGCGCGAAGGUCGUGUCAACCAGCCUGCUCAUGUCCCUCGCUGUCGGUACGAAGAAGUUCCACGAUAAGGAGCUCUUCACAUCUCUCGUGAACUUCCUAUUAAAUCAACUGCAGGCCUACGUGGUGGCGGCCGCACAAGCCAGCGGCGACGACACCGAUCUCUACACACCGGCCAACGAGGCAGCCCGUCGCGUUGAUGCGGCCCUCUACUGCUUCUACCACUUCAAGAAGAUCCUCUUUGCGCUGCGCUUCGGAGAUGACAAGCUAGAGUACGUCCUGACCACCUUCACCGUGCCGGUGACGCAGUACCGACUGGGCUUCCUGCGCGCACGCGCGGUGCUGCUGUUGAGCACCUUCGCACCGGCGAUACAGUGGAGCAGCCCGCAGGCGUACCAGCAGGCGUUGCUGCCCGUGCUGGGUCUGCUGAACGAUCCGGAGGCGCCAGUGCGAGUGCAGGCCUGCGUGUGCUUCUCCCGCCUUGUCUGCCACCCCUACGCCCGUGACAUCAUUAACCCCUGCAUCGCCGAGCUCAUUCAGCACUACUUCGACGUGAUGCGCAUGAUGGACAACGAGGCGGUGGUCCGCACGCUGCGCAAGACGAUCGCCUUUUACAAGGACACGCUCUCGCAGUGGGCGCUGGAGCUGGCGGAGAUGCUGGUGAGCCACUUUUCCGUGGUGCUGGAGCGCGUGACGAGCAAGUACAACGCGAUGGAGUCCAUGGCGACCUCAACGGGCGGGGCCGGAGGCGGCGGGGCGGCGGAGGGCAUCCUCGACGAUGAUGGCUUCGCGGAUGUGCUGAUGGCCGCCGAUGAGCUGCUCGAGACGCUCACAACACUGGUGAAGGCGCUGCCGGAGAGUGCGACGACACUCGCGGUUCGAGAGGCUGCAGCGGCGGCGGUGCACGCGAUGGAUCCGAACUGCUUCCUUGCGCCUCCGUCGUCGUCUAACGUUCCGUCCUCGGCGUUGUCCCCUCUCACACCCGAGGCGCUUCAGCAGGACAUCUUCGUGGCCAUUCAGUUGCGCGUGGCACCGAUGCUCUUCGUCAUUCUGGGCCACCAGGGCGGCAGCUCCUACGGCUUCAUGGACCCGGCCCUGUCGCUGUUGACGACGCUGAUCGCCCGCAGCCCGGCUAUCGCGCCGCCCAUGUGGAAGGUGCUGUGGUGCCUGCACCAACUCGUCGUGCGCGGUGGGGCGGUGGACUACGUCCAGCAGCUCCUGCCCUCGGUCGACAACUUCGUCUCGGUCGAGCCGGUGUCCUUCCUGUACCGCUCCCUGGCCGAGCUGACGCGCGAGCCGCUGCCGUCGGUGGUGCCGGCCGAGGACGCCGUCAAGACACCUGCGCAGCUCGUGUUUGGCAUGUGCGAGGUCGUGCUGGCGAGUACGUCGUUGCGAGAGCGGGAGGUGGCGGCGGUGCCGAAGAUGUACGAUGCCCUGCUGCACAACGCGUGGGCGGCGAGGCAGAGCGCUGCUGCAGCUUCCGCCUCUGCGGCCGGCACCAGCCCCUCCCCCGUCGCGGUUGUGCAGUACAUCGCACAGCAGGCGUUGACGACGGCGGGCACGCGUACCCAGCUAAGCCCAACGUUUCGCGUGCUGCUGGCCAACAACGUCUUUUCAUGUUUCGUGGUUGACGUGCCCAGCACCUUGGCGGUGCUGCACGGUCUGCAGGUGACGCGUGUGUUCUUGGAGCAGUACGUGAUGCUGCUGGCCCAAAGCGUGUCGGUGGACGGCAGCGACGAGGCAAUGCUGGGCCUCAUGCGCAGCUAUGACCGCAGCCUCUUCGUGUACGCGUUGGUAAGCUGUCUGCGCUGCCUCGCCGCAGGUGCUGCAGGAGACGCCGCGGCCGCUGCGGAGCUGCUGACGAGCCUUGAGGGCGUUGUGCAGUGCGGGGUGCUGGAGCAGCUCGCGGAGGCGGAGCUUGUGCGCAGCGGGGCCGAGUUGCAGGUGCACCUGCGACGCAUCGCGAAGCUCCGCGGUGUGCGGAGUGCGGUCGGCGAAGGAGGGGCGGCCGCUCGCAGUGUCGGUGAUGGCCGCGGUGGCGGUACGGAAGACGUCGAGGGAGAAGACGAGGAUGAGUGGGAGGAGGAGGACAGCGACGAGGAGGGCAGUGAGGACGAAGACGAAGACUGGCUGGACAACGGUGACGAUGACGACGAUCUCGAGGAGGAGGAUGAGGAAGACGAGGGGGAGGAGAUUGAUCUCGCAGGCGGCAACAGCGGCGCGGGGGCUGCGGGGCUGCGCGGCGAUGGGCGACUGCAGGGGAUGGUCCGGCAGGCGCAGGCGAUGCGGCAGCAGCAGCAAAAGAAGAUGGGCGGUGGCGGCGCGGACGACGACCUCGACAACUUCGACGAGGACAAUUUGCUCGACGACGAAGACUUCUCCUGCCCGCUGGACGACGUCAACGCGUGGGCGGCGCUUGUGCAGGAGGUGGAGCGGGUUGACGGCGGCGCAGCUGCCGGCUCUGUUGUACAGCUUCUGCGCAGCCCCGCCUCCCAGACGCAGGCCACCGCCAUCGUGCGGGCCCGAGACAUUACACUGGAGCUGCACACCGCACGUCAAACGCACCACGAAUUGCGCACCCAAGCGAAGCAGCGUCUCUAA